CGCAGCAGCCCGCAUUCGCUCCGUCCCUACUUCGUAGCGAUCCACACCCCUCUGGCCCUCCUGCCUCGCCGUGCUUCCACAAAGGAGGCUCUAGCCCUGCAAUGGCACCAAAGAAAAACCCGCGGGAAUUCUUCAGCAAGGGGAGAGAGAGGUGCUCUGAACAAUGCAAUGAGAGGAUCAACGAUUCUGCUGUCUUCAAGCAAGUCACAUCCAAGGUGCUGAAAGAGUACGAACGCGUGAUCGGCCUCUGGAACCAGUACGCUGAAGACCAUGCUCAAGACGAACCAAGCCCUUACAAGGUUAAAUUCUUGAAGGACUUCGUCAAGGAGAUUGCAUUUGGCAUCGAUGGCGCAGAAGGCGAUCCGAACCCUGCGCGAGGAACAGUCAUGCUAUACUGGAAGCAGUUCAUGGCCGGUUGGCGCCGUGAACAUGAGGCCAUUCCCGCUAAUAUCACACUGAGUGUGACAAAUUUUAUCAACUCCGAGUUGCCGGAGAUACUUAAACAGGAAGGCAAGAUCAGGUUGGUGAAGAGCAAACGACUUAGGAGGUUUGGCACGAAGAACCACUUCGUCCAUCUUGGCCAUCAGCUGUGGGGGAACGAUUGGGUCGAAUACGAAAAACCGGCAACAAGAGUCUACGACUGGGCCGACUACAUGGCCAUCGUCUGUUCUUCUGCACGCAUCGGCGAAUAUAUCGAAUACUCCUGUCGGGCCGGCUUUGGUCGUGGCCUUUACUAUAAGGUGAGAAGCAUUGAACGACCAAUAGCAGCCUAUGACGGCGUGCUGAUUAGCGCUUUGUUUUGUGGGCCACAGGACGUGACAUUCGGUGUGUUCCGCAAUGAAUAGUUAUUGGUUCGUUCGGUUAUUGGUGUGGCCGAAGGCGCGGAUUGCGGCUGGGGAGGCGGAAGGCAGACGACGGCGAGCCGAUAGAUAGGUUGACUACUAGUAGACUCGGAAAUUCCAAGCCUAAGCAGAUGUUAGAUUCUAGUGUGGCCUAGGCGGGUAAUUCUAGCCAAAGUGUAGACGCGUAUCGCCUUCCAUGCGUCAAGGGUGAGGUGUACAUCCGGCUCGGGCGGUAGCUAUGACUUGUUUCUCAUGUCAAGUAGGUGGGGAAGGUUCAUUCCAUUCGUAUCUAUCGCCUCUG